GGAGUCAGUACCUGUCACUUUAGGUAAAGAACAGGGUUGGAUGAGUUUGAACUAGGCGCUCUUAGAGAGGGGUGGUGGUUUUCCCCCGUUUCCGGUAUCCUGCAUAUUUGUAAACAAUGGCGUCUGCUUCAAGUACGAGUGCACGCAGUUUAUUUGUCGAUUCAAAGCUCCGACUUGCCGAUAGAGUGCAAGUAAAUGUGAAUAACAUUGCCUCUGUCGCCAGACAAAUAAAUAGAGGCUCUAAAUCUAGUGAGACAUUAUUCCACACGGCGAAAAACAUGGCACUUCAGGAACAUGCGAUUGACAACACAGAAGAAAAUUUGAAGAAGCUGCAGCAACUUAACCUCCAAUUAAACCAACAGCAGGAGUCGAUUCAACGAAAUGUGAUGUUGUUAGAAGAAGUUAAAGAACAAGUUCGAGCCAUGCAACGAUGACAAAUUGAUCAUAAUUAAGAUAAUAUACAUAAAAUUGUGCGAGUGUGAUGAUUGUUAAGGUGAACAAUGUCAAAAGACUAGGUUAAAAAUAUAUUUAAUAAUAAUCUGAUAAAAAUAAUGAAAGAAUCAAUUUGGAAAUGAUUGUACAAUGCAAGUUUUACAUAACUUCUAUUGGCUUCACUUAAUCUUAGCGAGAACCUCUGCACGCCUCGAGGUAUUCUGGAACAGAGCUCGAAUCAACUGCU